AAAUAUCGUUUUGUGAAUGAAUUCAGUCUUCAAAAAGUUGUAUUUGGUACCAGGGUCCUAUUCGGCAGUGAUGAGCGCCGCCGUAACAUUCGAACGGAGCGCGUACCGCCGCCGUGGCCAGCAAUUCCCGGUUUUUUCCGCCGCCGUUAUGAAGUGCAUGGGCUCCUGUUAAGUUAAUAUAAUUUGUGGGGUAACCGACAAUCCGACGGACAGAAAAACAACGACGGCCAUGACAAUACGGACGACGGUCACAACAACCACGGGCCACGGCCCACGGCACCCCGAAAAACGACAUUAAUGACAAUAACGAAAAGCAAAAACGGUUAUGGAGCAUUGGCAUGCGCCGCGGCGUCGUGGCGGAACAGGAAACGGAGGGUCAGGACGAUAUAGCGUUUAACCACCAGCAAUGGCCACAGACGUAUUGCUGGCCACAAUGCUGGCGGACGUGUUCAGCCUUCAGUGCUCUCUGACUUUCAGUCAACAGCGGUGACGUGCACGGUCGUUAUCUGCCACGAUUAUCUGUCGAGCGUCGAGUGUGUUUCGGGCGUUCAGCGUAUCAUCCACAGAUAAUGUAUUAUAGAUAAUAAAAUGUGUUAUCUGUGGUAUCAUUCUAGUACUGCGUGAUAAUAAGUCGUCGACUGAUAAAUAGUGAUAAUGACGGUCCGUGCCGCCGAGGUUUUGAUUUUUCAAAUAUUGAGGCAAUAUUUGUUGUUGAAUUCAUCGUAGAUCAUGAUUCUUUGGAUUAGAUUUCAUCAUACAUACAUACACAAUACGUCAAUACAUCACAAUGCGGUUACGUUGUAAAACUUGACGACGACAGAUCCUAGUUCGUUAUCUCGACAGUUAUUGAACGAGCUCGUCUGACCUGAGUUAUCGAAUCCGAACUAGGUACACAAAUCAUGAGCAUGACGUAUCAACAAUUUGUUGAGUAUGCUACAGAUUUAAAAAAUCAUUCAGACUCAAUAGAUGACGGUUGGAAUAUUCGUCAAUAUCAAUGUCCAAUGAAUGGAAGUUUUGACAAUUAUCUUAUCAAAAAAGAGAUACAAAAAAAGAAUACGUCUUCAUUGAAAUUUGACCACUCAGAUUCUCAUACAGAAGACAAUAUUCCAAUUGUUUGUGAGUAUCACAUAUUGUACAAUCUAAGUUAUUCAUGCCCAGAUGUGUACUUUAAUAUGUGGUAUACUGAUGGAAAGUUGCUUUCAUUAGAACAUGUAUGGUCUCUGGUUCACUCUUUUUUGAAACAAAAUGUAGUCAAUGAUAAGUGGAAUGCUAUAACUCAAGAGAUGCAUCCAUUUUUUAAUACACCAUUUUUCAGAUUACACCCUUGUAAGAAUACUCAUGUUUUGGAAAUGUUAGGUUUUUCUUCAAAAAAUAAUAAUAAGUUCAAUCCCCUGAUAGCAUGGUUAAGUACUAUUAGUCCUCUCAUUGGUUUGGAAAUACACCUAUCAUAUGGAAACAAAGAAUCAAAAGUUGAAUUUUUGUAAUGUGUAUUGAUUUUAAUUUUGUUUUGUUUUAAUUUUAUAUAAGUAAUUUUAAUUAUUAUCAAUCAAAUAUAAAAUUGAAUUUUAUAACAAAUAAAGACUGAAUGCUUAUCAUAGGUUCAAUUAGAGUGGCUUGGGGAAAAUCUGAUCCGAUACAUGACAUAAAAA